CAGCCAUAUAUAUUCUUCUCGAAGCCGGUGUUACAGUUCGGUUGACAGAGUCGUUGUGUUCGGUGCGUAAUUCGUCGUCGAUUCGGAGUCAUUUAGCAGGCACUUUCGUUCUCGCGCCACACAAUGUCGGAAGCCAAGGAUACAAAGAACGAAGCGGAACAGAUCAACCUUAAAGUUGUCGGCCAGGAUGGAGGAGUUGUGCAUUUCAAGAUCAAGAAGCACACUCCGCUUCGGAAGCUCAUGGCCACUUACUGCGAUCGGGCCGGUCUCAACAUCCAAAACGUGAGGUUCCGUUUCGAUGGGCAGCCGAUCAACGAGUCAGACACGCCGGCGGGGCUCGACAUGGAAGACGACGAUACCAUAGACGUUUUCCAGCAGCAAGAUCCCGAUGAGAUCACCGCCGAUCUUUGGCAGGAAGCCUGCUGGAUCGUUAUAUCAGCCUACUUCGACGAAAAGGGUCUGGUUCGUCAACAGCUGGAUUCCUUCGACGAGUUCAUCCAAAUGAGCGUACAGAAAAUUGUCGAGGAUACUCCGCCGAUAGAACUGCAGGCUGAGGCGACACAUUCCUCUGGAAUCAUCGAGCAGCCGACGAAAUAUCAAGUGAAGUUCGAGCAGAUCUACCUCUCAAAACCCACACAUUGGGAGAAGGAUGGUGCGCCCACUCCCAUGAUGCCGAACGAAGCCCGGCUUCGCAAUCUCACGUACUCGGCGCCGUUAUACGUGGAUAUCAUCAAAACAGUGAUACGCGAUGGCGAAGAUCCGGUGGAAACUCAACACCAGAAGACUUUUAUCGGGAAAAUUCCCAUCAUGCUGCGUUCGUCUUAUUGUCUGCUGAAUGGUCUGUCAGAUCGUGAUCUGUCUGAGUUGAACGAGUGUCCUCUGGAUCCAGGGGGCUACUUCAUCAUUAACGGCUCAGAGAAGGUGUUAAUUGCCCAAGAAAAAAUGGCCACCAACACGGUAUACGUAUUCCAAAUGAAAGACGGGAAAUACGCCUUCAAGGCCGAGUGUCGGUCGUGUAUAGAGCACUCGUCGAGACCCACGUCCACGCUGUGGGUGAACAUGAUGGCCAGAGGGGGCUCGGGCGUAAAGAAAGCCUCAAUCGGUCAGAGGAUCAUCGCGAUCCUGCCCUAUAUCAAGCAGGAAAUCCCUAUCAUGAUCGUAUUCCGAGCUCUGGGCUUCGUCGCAGACAGAGACAUCCUCGAGCACAUCAUCUACGACUUCGAGGAUCCGGAAAUGAUGGAAAUGGUGAAGCCGUCUUUGGAUGAAGCAUUCGUCAUCCAAGAGCAGAACGUUGCACUGAACUUCAUCGGAUCCCGAGGUGCUCGUCCCGGGGUUACCAAAGCCAACCGUAUCAAGUACGCUCGUGAAAUUCUCCAGAAGGAAAUGCUGCCGCACGUCGGAGUGUCGGACUUCUGCGAAACAAAGAAAGCCUACUAUCUCGGAUACAUGGUGCACAGACUUCUGUUGGCCGCGCUGGGCCGGAGGGAGCUCGACGAUCGGGAUCACUACGGGAACAAGAGAUUGGACUUGGCUGGGCCUCUAAUGGCUUUCUUGUUCAGAGGUCUGUUCAAGAACUUGACCAAAGAAGUUCGGAUGUUCGCUCAGAAAUUCAUCGACAAAGGGAAAGACUUCAAUCUGGAAUUGGCCAUCAAGACCCGCAUCAUCACCGACGGUUUGAAGUACUCUCUGGCCACCGGAAACUGGGGAGACCAGAAAAAAGCUCAUCAGGCCCGACCGGGUGUGUCGCAAGUGUUGAAUCGGCUCACUUAUGCGUCGACACUAUCCCAUCUGCGUCGUGUCAAUUCUCCCAUCGGUCGCGACGGGAAAUUGGCCAAACCCCGUCAGCUGCACAAUACCCUCUGGGGAAUGAUCUGUCCUGCCGAAACACCGGAGGGACACGCUGUGGGACUUGUGAAGAACUUGGCGCUCAUGUCCUACAUCUCCGUCGGUUCCCAACCCUCUCCGAUUCUCGAGUUCUUGGAGGAGUGGAGCAUGGAGAACUUGGAGGAAAUCGCGCCGUCGGCUAUCGCAGAAGCGACGAAAAUAUUCGUCAAUGGUUGUUGGGUCGGUAUCCACAGAGAUCCCGAACAGCUGAUGUUGACGCUGCAGAAACUCCGACGUCAAAUGGACAUCAUCGUCUCGGAAGUAUCGAUGGUCAGAGACAUCCGAGAUCGGGAGAUUCGUAUCUACACGGACGCCGGGCGGAUCUGUCGACCUCUGCUCAUCGUGGAGAAUCAAAAACUGCUCCUGAAAAGACAUCACAUCGACAAGCUGAAAGAGAGAGAAUGCAGCUACUAUUCCUGGCAGGAUCUCGUGGCUUCGGGAGUGGUGGAGUACAUCGAUACGCUCGAAGAGGAAACUGUCAUGCUCGCCAUGACCCCAGACGAUCUGACACAGGACAAGGCCCUGGCCUACUGUAGCACUUACACUCAUUGUGAGAUCCAUCCGUCCAUGAUUCUCGGUGUAUGUGCUUCGAUCAUUCCUUUCCCCGAUCACAAUCAGUCACCUCGUAACACCUACCAAUCUGCUAUGGGGAAACAAGCCAUGGGAGUGUAUAUCACCAACUUCCACGUACGAAUGGACACGCUCGCCCACGUGCUGUAUUACCCCCAUAAACCUCUGACCACGACGCGUUCUAUGGAAUAUCUGCGUUUCCGAGAGCUUCCUGCCGGAAUCAACGCCAUAGUCGCCAUCAUGUCCUACACUGGUUACAAUCAGGAAGACUCCGUUAUCCUGAACGCGAGCGCCGUUGACCGCGGGUUCUUCCGCUCGGUUUUCUAUCGUUCUUAUAAAGACUCAGAGAAUAAGCGAAUGGGUGACCAGGAGGAAACAUUCGAAAAACCGACGAGAGAGACCUGUCAAGGCAUGCGGAAUGCCAUUUACGAUAAGCUCGACGACGACGGAAUCAUCGCGCCAGGAACCCGAGUUUCAGGUGAUGACGUCAUUAUCGGGAAGACGAUCACCCUGCCGGAGAACGAUGACGACCUCGACUCGACAAACAAGAGAUACUCGAAGAGAGACGCUUCAACUUUCCUCAGAAAUUCAGAGACUGGCAUCGUCGAUCAAGUCAUGCUGACAAUCAACAGCGACGGCUACAAAUUCUGCAAGAUCCGUGUGCGCUCGGUGCGUAUUCCACAAAUUGGUGACAAAUUCGCCUCGAGACACGGUCAAAAAGGUACCUGUGGAGUUACCUACAGACAAGAGGACAUGCCGUUCACGGUCGAAGGUCUCACCCCGGACAUCAUCAUCAAUCCCCAUGCCAUUCCAUCUCGUAUGACAAUCGGUCACUUGAUCGAGUGCCUUCAGGGCAAGGUCGCAUCGAACAAGGGAGAAAUAGGUGACGCCACGCCGUUCAACGAUGCCGUGAACGUACAGAAAAUCUCCAACAUCCUCAUGGAGUACGGUUACCAUCUGAGAGGUAACGAAGUCAUGUACAAUGGACACACCGGGAGGAAAGUCAACGCCCAGAUUUUCCUGGGUCCCACCUACUACCAACGUCUCAAACACAUGGUCGACGACAAAAUCCACUCGCGUGCCCGAGGUCCCGUGCAGAUCCUCGUUCGACAACCGAUGGAGGGUCGUGCCCGUGAUGGAGGUCUGCGUUUCGGGGAAAUGGAACGUGAUUGUCAAAUUUCCCACGGUGCAGCCCAAUUCCUGCGUGAGAGAUUGUUCUUCGCAUCGGAUCCCUACCGUACGCAUAUCUGCAACAUAUGCGGUUUGAUAGCCAUCGCUAAUCUCCGGAACAACAUAUUCGAAUGUAAAGGCUGCAGGAACAAAACCCAGAUAUCUCAGAUCACGCUCCCGUACGCCUGCAAAUUACUGUUCCAAGAGCUCAUGUCGAUGAACAUCGCUCCUCGCAUGAUGGUGCUCCCCCCGAAGAAGAACUAA